CCGGCUCUGUGGUGUGCGACUGUGUGGGGCGGCCUGGGGCAGCCCCGGAGCGGCCGACCCUCUGCCUGUGGGGACGGGAGUCGCAAGGCGGCCGCCAUGGCGGGGUCGGAGAGCCAGCUCAAGAAAAUGGUGUCCAAGUACAAAUACAGAGACCUAACUGUACGUGAAACUGUCAGUGUUAUUACUUUAUACAAAGAUCUCAAACCUGUAUUGGAUUCAUAUGUUUUUAAUGAUGGCAGUUCCAGGGAACUAAUGAACCUCACUGGAACGAUUCCUGUGCCUUAUAGAGGUACUACAUAUAAUAUUCCAAUAUGCCUGUGGCUGCUGGACACAUACCCAUAUAAUCCCCCUAUCUGUUUUGUUAAGCCUACUAGUUCAAUGACUAUUAAAACAGGAAAGCAUGUGGAUGCUAACGGGAAGAUAUAUCUUCCUUAUCUACAUGAAUGGAAACACCCACAGUCAGACUUGUUGGGGCUUAUUCAAGUUAUGAUUGUGGUGUUUGGAGAAGAACCUCCAGUCUUUUCUCGUCCUACUAUUUCAGCAUCCUAUCCACCAUACCAGGCAACAGGGCCACCAAAUACUUCCUACAUGCCAGGCAUGCCAAGUGGAAUUUCUGCAUACCCAUCCGGAUACCCUCCCAAUCCCAGUGGUUACCCAGGCUGUCCUUACCCACCUGGCAGUCAGUAUCCUGCCACAACAAGUUCCCAGUACUCUUCCCAGCCUCCUGUGACCACUGUUGGUCCCAGUAGGGAUGGCACAAUCAGCGAGGACACUAUCCGAGCCUCUCUCAUCUCAGCCGUCAGUGACAAACUGAGAUGGCGGAUGAAGGAGGAAAUGGAUCGUGCCCAGGCAGAGCUCAAUGCCUUGAAACGAACAGAGGAAGACCUGAAAAAAGGUCACCAGAAACUGGAAGAGAUGGUUACCCGUUUAGAUCAAGAAGUAGCUGAGGUUGAUAAAAACAUAGAACUUUUGAGAAAGAAGGAUGAAGAACUCAGUUCUGCUCUGGAGAAAAUGGAAAAUCAAUCUGAAAACAAUGAUAUUGAUGAAGUUAUCAUUCCCACAGCCCCACUAUACAAACAGAUCCUAAAUCUGUAUGCAGAGGAAAAUGCUAUUGAAGACACUAUCUUUUACCUGGGAGAAGCCUUGAGGCGGGGAGUAAUAGACCUGGACGUCUUCCUGAAGCAUGUACGUCUUCUGUCCCGUAAACAGUUCCAGCUGAGGGCACUAAUGCAGAAAGCAAGAAAGACUGCCGGUCUCAGUGACCUCUACUGACUCCUCUGAUACCAGCUGGAGAUUGAGCUCUUCUAAAGCAUUCUUUUCUUCUCUUCCUUUCUCUUAUAUCAGUAGGUGCCCAGAAUAAGUUAUUGCAGUUUAUCAUUCAAGUGUAAAAUAUUUUGAAUCAAUAAUAUAUUUUCUGUUUUCUUUUGGUAAAGACUGGCUUUUAUUAAUGCACUUUCUAUCCUCUGUAAACUCUUUUUGUGCUGAAUGUUGGGACUGACUAUGCUAAAUAAAAUU